AUGGAGGCGCGCGACGAUGGAGAAACGUUUCUUCGCGAUGCGCGUUCGUGCGGGGACGCCGCGGCGCGCGAGACGAACGACGGGGGAGGUCGAGCGCGGGUGUGCUUGCCGCGGGUCGUUUCAAGCUUCGGCACUUUCGGGUGUGGGGAGAGGCGAAGAGGAGAAGAGAAGACGAGGAGACGCGCGAAGGCGCGCGCGAAGGCGACGGCAUCGACUGACGUAAAAUUAUUUAAAUCUUCCACGCAGGCGCUGAAGAGUCUGAAUCCCGCGCACCUGAAGGCGCUGCUCGGACAAGAAGUGCUCAUGACGCUGAGCGACGGGACGACGAGGCAGGGGACGGUGUACUCUCUGGAUCCGGAGUCGUUCACCAUCGUGCUCGCCACGGGAACGGACGGUGUGCGCGCGAAUGGCUCGUUGCGAGACGAUGCGUGCGUGAUCGUGCCCGGGCACGCGGUAAAGGCGGUGGAGGUUGUGGGGGGGAACGCGCUCGCGCUGGACGCGCUGAGUAAGACAAAGACAAACGGGAACGGGUGGAUGACGAGCGGCGGUGAACAAGGAGACGCGAUGACGAAGGCCAUGAAGUCGAUGAGUGCCUCGAGAACGAAUUCUUGGGGGGCAAAUAGCACGUACGCCGGCAUGACGGCACUCCUGAAACCGAGCGCUGGGACGCAGUUGGAGAGAGUCAAGCGGUGCUUACGCGCCAACAUGGUGCCUUUCACGGAACGUCCGGCGCCAGAUGGGCCGGGUGACGUCGAAUUGCUCGUUCUUGGCUCGCUCGUCGUGAGUUACCCGUUCACCGCGGAUUCCUGCGCGUGCCCGAACGAAAUAGUUCUCGCGCGCGUGCGAGAACUCAUCACCGCCGGGUGCCCGGAAGUCGCCAACGGAGCGCAGAGCGUGGCGUAG